AUGUCCUCGGACCUCGAAUCCAAAAUCCGGCAGGCGGCCGUCCGCAACCGCGAGCUCCUCGCCGUGCUCGCGGACACGGACAACGCCAUCCCCGACCUCACCCAGCAGCGCCGGCUCAUCGCCGACCUGGACCACCAGCUCCAGCAGUCGGACAAGAACGUGCGCGCCCUCGACGCCCGGCGCAAGAAGGAGCUCAAGGACCACGAAAAGUACCGCGACAGCGUCAUGCGCCGCUUCGUCCACAAGGCCGUCGGCAAGCGCGACAAGUUCGACGAGAAGGCCGCCCGCGAGGAGCGCGAGUACUUUGACGUGCUGCAGGAGGAGCACCGCGAGAAGGAGGUCAACGGCAACCUGCGCCGCCAGCUCGACGACGCCCGCGAGGCCUCCCGGUCGCUCGAGGCCGAGGCCACCCGCCACGACAAGGCCCAGUGCGCCCUCGACUCGCUCUACGACUCCAUCUUCGCCGGCCCGACGCCGAACCACCCGGACGAGGACGCUCGCGAGCGCGAGGCCGAGGACGCCCGGCGCGAGUACCACGACGCCCGCGGCAAGGCCGAGGCCGAGCAGCACGCCAUCCGCCUGCUCACCGACGCCGCGCGGCGCAUGGCCGACUCCCUGCGCAGCAUGGACGACGCGCUGAGCCACUCGCGCAUGGACAUGUUCGGCGGCGGCACCAUGUCGGACAUGAUGGAGCGCAGCGCCCUGCAGCGCGCCGAGAGCGCCGCCCAGGAGGCCCGCAUGCUCGUCAUGCAGGCCCAGCGCAUGACCCCCUACGUCGGCGACCUGCCCGCCGUGAGCAUCAACCACGGCAGCCUCAUGGGCGACGUGCUCUUCGACAACAUCUUCUCCGACAUGGCCUUCCACGACGAGAUCAAGCGGUCGCGCGCCUCCGUCGACCGCUGCGCCCAGGUGCUGGGCCGCUUCCUGCAGGAGACGCGGGCCCGCCACCAGGAGCUGACGUGGCAGCUCAAGAGCCUCGGCGAGAGGCUGGAGAGCACGCGCACGGCGCUGCAGAAGGAGAGGGAGCGGUUGUUUGAGCAGAUUGCCGGCGGCGGCGGCGGCGAGGUUGACGUCAAGGGCACCGCGGCGUCGAGUGCGACGCCGAUCGACUUGAAGCAGUGA